UUAUGCGAAAACAUGGCUGCGGCAGGUUUGGCCCUUCUUUGUAGGAGAGUCUCAGCUGCCCUGAAAGCUUCCAGGUCGUUAAUAACUCCUCAGGUCCCUGCCUGCACAGGGUAAGUGAUGGGUAAAGUAGGUUUGCCCACCUCUCCAACUCUGGAUCUUCUUUGGUUGCGGAGAUGCCAAGAACAGUUCAAGAAUGGAAAGGCCGCCUGGAUGGCAGAGCAGGAGCCCACUUUGGUGAGGAGUGAGUGACCUUGGAGAAGUCGCCCACCUCCGACAUUUCUAUUUCUUCCUCAUUUUGUUGCUGCCCGCUGCGGACAAGACAGUAUAUGGGGUUUUUUCUUGGUUUGUUGCCUAAGAGUACACCAAAUGUGACAUCCUUUCACCAAUAUAGAUUACUUCAUACCACAUUGUCAAGAAAAGGACUAGAAGAAUUUUUUGAUGACCCAAAAAACUGGGGGCAAGAAAAAGUAAAAUCUGGAGCAGCAUGGACCUGUCAGCAACUAAGGAACAAAAGUAAUGAAGAUUUACACAAACUUUGGUAUGUCUUACUGAAAGAAAGAAACAUGCUUUUAACCCUAGAGCAGGAGGCCAAGCGGCAGAGAUUGCCAAUGCCAAGUCCAGAGCGGUUAGAUAAGGUAGUAGAUUCCAUGGAUGCAUUAGAUAAAGUUGUCCAGGAAAGAGAAGAUGCCCUAAGGCUUCUUCAGACUGGCCAAGAAAGAGCCAGACCUGGUGCUUGGAGAAGAGACAUCUUUGGAAGAAUCAUCUGGCACAAGUUCAAGCAGUGGGUUAUACCUUGGCACCUAAAUAAAAGAUACAAUAGGAAACGAUUCUUUGCCAUGCCUUAUGUGGACCAUUUUCUCAGACUGGAACGUGAGAAACGAGCCCGCAUCAAAGCACGGAAGGAAAAUUUAGAGAGAAAGAAAGCAAAAAUUCUUCUAAAAAAGUUUCCACAUCUUGCUGAAGCGCAGAAGUCAAGUCUUGUCUAAGAUGUCUGAACUCUUAAAUUUACCAUUUUGUUUUUCUUGAAUAGUCUGUGUACAAGAGUAAAUAUGUUAAGUGGUUUAUAAAGAAAUUCUGUUUUUAGUCAAGUGACUUUAAUCAGUUGUUCUAAGUGUGAAUAUGGCAUGCUAAUUAGCUAAUUUGGUAGAAGCUAAUUUACCUCUAAAAAAUCAGGUAUAAAGUUCGGAUUAAAUUCCCACUUUAUGAAUUCUGACAUUUAAGCAGGCUUUAAAUGUCGCCUGCUAUCUUAGAGGGUGAAGGUGAUGGUAACUGCCACGGCAAAGGCAAUAACUGAAUUUGAGUAAUAAUUUUACCUCUGUUGUUAAUAGGAUAUGAAGAGGAUGUGGGUACUGCUUCAAAAUAAUGAUAAACACAUUCAGUCCUUAAAGUAGUAAGUCACAGUGCACCACAGUCCAAAAUUUAUUUCUGGAAUGGCUAAUUUUUAUUUAAUUCUAUAAGCCUGAGGUAAAAAGCAUAGGCAGUAACUUUUACUAGUCAAUAAAAAGCAAUUCUACCAAUCCACUGGUAAUUAAUAUACUAAACAGAGUUGGAAAGCAUUUUACUGAAAGCAAAAUAUUUAGAGAAAAUAGACAUUUAUACAAAAUUAUAAAAAUGCUUGUAAUAAGAAUAAGUGCAUUUCAAGGAAAGCACAAACUUAUCUUAAUUUAUAGAGCCAGUUAAAGCUUUAAAAAAUUUAAGUGGAAAUUGAAAUAUGCAAAAAUGUAUAAACAUUCUACAAAA